CCAGCGACGUACAGUCUCGUCGGGUACAAGGAGCAGAUCCAUUUGUCUUCUUCGACGAACAAGCACCCCACACUUGGUCGAGCUCGCCGUUGGAGGCCAUCCACAGUUGUCAGCCCUGCGUGGUUGUUUUCCGGGAAGUAUUGAAGAAGAUUCGAACCCUAGGGCUUUAUCUUAUACCAAAAUCCGAUACAAUUUUUCAAAUCAGACAAGUAAGAUAUCAUGGGUGCACAUAUUGACUCAAGUUCAUCAGAGAAGAAAUCAGGCAAUGGAAUGAAUGACCUACCAACCUUCAAUGCUGAGAAUUUGCAACACAACAUGAAAACUAUCUAUUACAGCCGAACAUUUAUGUCUAUAAUUGGCGGAGUUGUUGCUGGAAUUUUGGGGUUUACUGGAUUGAAAGGAUUUGUCUUUUACUUCCUUAUCAUGGCAUUUACUUCCAUUGGACUCAUAGCAAAAGCUAAAUUUUCAAUCCACUCAUACUUUGACUCCUGGAACCGGGUGUUACUUGAUGGCUUUUUUGGUGGUCUAAUGUCCUUCGUGCUGUUCUGGACAUUUGCAUAUGACAUUGUUCAUAUAUUUUGAUGGAGAGCCAAGUGGAAGGUCUCACGAGAAGGUAUUUCGGUGGCCACUGCUUGUCACGAUGCUUUUGCACCAUUGCUUUUCUAGUCAGUUUUCAUGAUGUUGGCUUUUUCAAACGUUGUAAUUUCUGUAGUUUAUUUAUAUUAUUAUCACAUAAUGGAAUCAUAAGUAGAUAGAAUGGAUAAUUAGAUCUUUGAAUUGACAUUUCUUCAGUGACACAGUUUUACUGAGAUGAUUUUUCUCAACGUUGUUGUGCCACGUAAUACCUUGUGUGGGUAGACAGAUAAUAUGUUCAUCAGUGUUGAUUUUUUCCCCCAA